GAUUCCUUGCGCUUCAGAAUCAGUUUGAUCGGAUACCGAGUAGGAAACAUUAUUCGUAAUGAAGGUGACACUGUUCUUUGUACUGUUCUGCGGAUUGCUAGCGGUGUCCGUAGCUGCACCUCAGCCACAAAUUCUGUCUGGAAUAAUUUCUGCUUUCGGCAAUUUACUUGGAACAUUCAUUUCGACUUUUAACACCAUCCUCAGUGGCGUGCAGACGCAAGUUAACAACACUUUAACAACUCUCACCGGUCUUAUUGUAAACGUAACUACAAAGGCCGAAACUACUCUCCUGACUGCUCUGAAGAAUGCCAACACCACGCUGACCAACGCUCAAACAACAUUAACCAAUGUGGCCAAUACUGCAUUGACAAAUAUUUCAACGGCAUUACAAACUCAGAUCCAAACAGCGGUUACAAACUUGCAAACGCUAGUACAGAAGCUCAAUGCCACGCUAUCGGCUGCUGCCAACAAUGCGUCCGCGGCAAACAGCACCUUCGUGGCUAAUGUGAAUAACCUGACCACAGCCGUCAAUACUGCUAUUCAGAACGUUACGACUACUUUGGCUACGAUCGUCGGAACUACGGUGGCGACUACUGGUAGCACGGUAGGCACCAUCAUCUCGGGAGUUGGCAGUUUCUUCGGAAAUUUGUUCAGUUCCAUAUUCGGAUAGAAUGGCGUUAAUGAAACCAAAUGCAGAAUUGACAAUAAAUAGAUGAGAAUAGAA